AUGCAAGUUAGUGGUUUUGGUAACGUGAAUCAGAUUGGUGCUUUGGCACAGCAAAACCAAUUGGAUAACUUAGUCAGCGUUAGCAUUCGUGGAUGGACUAACGCUACUCAACAGGAUUUGUUGAAUUUCAUUUCGAGAAAGACCAGGAUCUCAGUGAGAAACUCUGUGGUUCAAGGGGACACUAUAGUUGGUUAUGUGACACCGCAGGAGGCAGAUCAAUUGGUGAAAUUUAGUGGGUACCGGUUUGCAGGCAAUUCAUUGAAGAUUCACAAGGCAGCCGGUGGGAACACAAACCCUAAUACGAAUGAUACGAUAACCGUUCUUCGUAAUGUGCUUUUGAGAAGAUAUAAUGUGCAAACGAGGAUGUUGGAUCUUGGUAAUUUGUUCAAUGAUCCGGAGUUGGUGCAACGCGGUAUGGCUCCGAAAAAUGUUAAUACGCAGUCCAAGAUGUUCCCGGCUAUGAUGAAAGUGGCUUCAAAGGAGCCUAGCAUGGUUGUUGAAUCGAUCAACCUAUCUGAUAAUAAUUUGAGAGACGUCAAUGGUGUUACCACGUUGGCACAGACUUUCCCUCAUUUGAAAAACCUAUGCAUCGCCAAUAAUAGUAUUAGUCGAUUCCAUUCUCUUGAAGUUUGGAAGAAUAAAUUCAAAGAGUUGAGGGAGCUUCUGAUGAUGAAUAAUCCAAUUACAUCGGAUCGUUUAUAUCGUACAGAAAUGUUAAGGAUAUUCCCCAAAUUGGUGAUUCUAGAUAACGUUGUCGUUCGUGACGAGCAGAAACUACUGUCUAUCUAUAGCUUACCGGUACAACAAACCCAGUUCUUUUUCGAAGAUAAUGGAUUGGCAUCAUCGUCAACAGAUUUUAUUACCAACUUCUUGAACUUGUGGGAUUCGAAUAGAAUGCAAUUGAUGGGUUUGUACACUCCACAGUCUCAAUUUUCCUUAAGUGUUGAUUCUUCCGUUCCAGCUGCUACUGUACCUAAUGCUCAAACGACUCCUACAUUCGGUCAUUACUUACCAUUUUCAAGAAACAUUUCCAAGAUAUCUAGCGACAAGACCAUCCAAGAACGGUUACGUAUAGGGCCCGAAGCAAUUUAUGAAGUGUUCGGAUCUCUCCCUAUGACAAAACAUUUUUUGCAAGAACAACCUGAUGCUUACUCUGUGCAAGCCUGGACCUUCCCACAAGUUCAAGGGUUUGUUAUCACUCUUCAUGGCCAUUUCGAUGAAACUGCCAAACCUGAAAUUGACAAGAGCAAAACAUCACAAGGAUCAUCUGCCUCUAGAGGAAGGAGAUACAACCAUGGAUUUACGUCUACGCCGAACAUCAAACUUUCACAGAAAUCCUUCGAUAGAACAAUGGUCUUAGUUCCAAGUCCAAAUGGUAGUGUCAUCAUUGCAUCUGAUUCGUUGACGAUAAGGCCAUUCUGUGAUAGCGCUUGGUCUAAACCACCUUCUCCACCACAUCUCCAAGCUCAAUCUGUGCAACAUCAGCCACAAAUGAACGUGCCCCUCUCACAAACUCCGCCAAAUACAUCAUCCAUUCCUGGCCAAAUCCCGGGAGUUCUUGGAUCGACACCUUUGCAAUUCUCACCGGAAGUGCAAGCAAAAUUGUCACCUGUACAAUUAGAACUACUUCAGAAGUUACACCUUGAAACAAAGCUUAACGCUGAGUACACUUAUAUGCUUGCCGAGCAAAGUCUUUGGAACUAUGAUAAUGCUAUCCAAGGAUUUAGAAACAGUGCAAACAAUCUACCCAGAGAGGCAUUCAUCUAA